UUCCUUCUCCCCAACCAUGACUUUAGCAAAAAUGAGUCGUCCGUCUGUGUCCGCAAAUUGGAAAAAGCUAUGCUCAAAAAUAAACAAACCUAGUAAAUCCUCUAAACCGAAUGCGACCCGACCCACUACCAAGUCGAAAGUCUCGAGCAGAAAGGCAAAUACCGGUGCUUCUAAAACAGUUUCUGCUGACAGCACUGUUUCCUUGGUUGCGGGAAGGAAGCGGAAAGAUACUGUGGACGGCAAGCCGGUUAUCAAGGCGGCAAAGCGAAGCAAAGUCGAUGACACUCAGUCUCAACUGAGAACCAAGAAUGGCAUACCAAAGAAGAAACUAAGCAGAGCCGCUCCGGUGCCCUCUCCUCCUCCACAAGACGAUGAUACGGAAGAUUCAGAUUUUGAAAUUGGCGGCGCUCUCCACUCCUCUGUGGUCCUACGGAAGGCAUCAACCAAUAUGUGCUGCAAUGCCCCGCCUGUAGAAGAUGGUCCGAAACGAUCUAUUGAGGAAUGGUAUGAGGAGUUUGAUCGCGAAGGGAGUGGUCUUGGUGAAGAGGAGGCAACUUUCAAAUCAAUAAGAGACAGAGAUCGUAAAAUAUUAGAGCUUGUUUUGACUGCUGGAACGGGAUCCGCGCUUUCGGAUGGUGAGGAGGUGGAGCAGGUUCAGGUUCAAAGAUCCAGAGUGACUGCCACCAAAGAUGGUCGAAAUACCCAGGCGGUCACUACAGAGUAUGUCACAACCACCGCUACGGUGAAGAAACCACUUGAUUUGCUGGAUGGAAUGGAUGUUUCGGAGCGAGCGAAAACCAAGGUUGGCAAAUACAUUGCUAUGGAUUGUGAAAUGGUGGGAGUUGGCGAAGACGGAACACAGUCUGUUUUGGCUAGAGUUAGUUUGGUUAAUUUCCAUGGGCAUACGUUACUGGAUAAAUAUGUGCUGCCGCAGGAGGAGGUGACCGAUUACAGAACGUGGGUUAGCGGCAUUACACCCGAAUUGUUAAAAAACGCCAUUUCUUUUAAACAAGUGCAAAAGGAAGUGGCGGAUUUGAUAAAGGACCGCAUUGUCGUUGGACAUGCUCUAAAGAAUGAUUUUCAGGCACUGCUUCUGGAUCACCCACAUCGACUCGUACGAGAUACGUCAUUAUACAAGCCCUUUCGUGCAAUGGCCAAGAACAGGGCACCUGCGCUGAGAAGAUUAGCCAAAGACUUGCUGGGUUUGCAGAUUCAGAGUGGCGAACAUUCUUCUGUCGAGGAUGCGAGGGUCGCCAUGUUAUUGUAUAGAAAAGUCAAGGUCGAAUGGGAGAAAACACUGUUGCGGAGGAUAGAAAAGGGACUUGACAAGACGUAAUUUUACGUAGAAGCAUAUACUUGUACUGUGUAUUGCGCAAAACGAUGCAGGCAAACCAAAACAAGGACAGCUUGGAAAAAUGUC